UAAUAAACGUUUGACCGUAUCUUACCCACUGACCCACUCUUCGUCUCCAUCUCGAGACAGUAAACAGUGGGACUAGAAAACACACACACUCACUCACUCACUCACUCACUCACUCAGAUCCGACCACCAAACAACCUCAACAAAACCCUAAUCUUCUUUACAACAUCCGGUAGGUUGUGGUGAUACGCGAUGGCGUUGGCAGCGGUGGAUGUUCAGAAUCCGCUUCUUGGAGAAACAACUUGCGGGACGUUGUUGCAUCAGUUGCAAAAAAUUUGGGAUGAGGUCGGUGAAAGUGACGAGGAAAGAGAUAAGAUGCUUCUUCAGAUAGAGCAAGAAUGUUUAGACGUGUACAAGAGGAAAGUUGACCAAGCGACAAAGUCAAGAGCACACCUUCUUCAGGCGCUGGCUGAUGCUAAACUUGAACUCUCCACUUUGCUUGCGUCGCUUGGAGAGAAAACGUUUGUCGGGAUUCCUGAGAAGACUUCGGGAACGAUCAAUGAACAACUUGCUGCUAUUGCACCGGCUUUGGAACAAUUGUGGAAGAAGAAAGAUGAACGGAUAAAGGAGAUAUCGGAUGUGCAGGCACAGAUACAAAAAAUAUGUGGAGAAAUUGCAGGGAGCAGUGUCGGAAAUCAAGCUGUUAAUGUUGACGUGUCUGAUUUAUCCUUGAAGAAGUUGGACGAGUUCCAUGAUCAACUGCAAGAACUUCAGAAAGAAAAGAGCGAUAGACUGCAAAAGGUUCUUGAGUUGGUGAGCACUGUACAUGAUCUUUGUGCUGUACUUGGGAUUGAUUUUUAUAGUACAGUCACCGAGGUUCAUCCUAGCUUGAAUGAUGCAACUGAUGUGCAAUCUAAAAGCAUAAGCAAUGACACGCUUGCAAGGCUGGCAAAGACUGUUGUAGCGUUAAAAGAAGACAAGAAGCAAAGGUUGCAGAAGCUUCAAGAAUUAGCAACCCAGCUAAUAGAUCUUUGGAACUUAAUGGAUACAUCUGAGGAAGAACAACAUUUGUUUGAUCAUGUUACUUGUAACAUAUCGGCUUCAGUGGAUGAACUGAACGUCCCAGGGGCUCUUGCUCAAGAUUUGAUCGAACAGGCUGAGGUGGAAGUGGAAAGGCUAGAUAAGCUAAAAUCCAGCAAAAUGAAGGAGAUUGCUUUUAAGAGGCAAAGCGAGCUUGAAGAAAUUUUUGCACGCGCACACAUAGAAAUCGAUACACAGGCUGCUAGGGAGAAAAUUUUGGCACUUAUCGAUUCUGGAAACGUGGAACCGUCUGAGCUGCUUGCUGACAUGGAUAAUCAGAUCGUAAAAGCGAAGGAAGAGGCUCUCAGUAGAAAAGAGAUUUUGGAUAAAGUUGAAAAGUGGAUGUCGGCUUGUGAAGAAGAGAGUUGGCUUGAUGAUUACAAUCGGGAUGACAACAGGUACAAUGCAAGCAGAGGCGCACAUUUGAAUCUCAAGCGAGCGGAGAAGGCCAGAAUUUUGGUAAACAAAAUUCCAGCUCUUGUCGACACUUUGGUUGCCAAGACUCGGGCGUGGGAAGAAGACCAUGAGCUGACAUUCAUGUACGAUGGUGUCCCGUUGCUUGCCAUGCUAGAUGAAUAUGCAAUGCUCAGGCAUGAAAGGGAAGAAGAAAAACGACGGCUAAAGGAUCAGAAGAAAAUUCAAGAACAGCCGACUACAGAGCAUGAAGCUGCAUUUGGUUCAAGAUCAAGUCCUCGGCCUGCUAGUAUAACAAAGAAGGUGGCGGGCCCACGUGCUAACGGAACUCCAAACAGACGGCUGUCUCUGAAUCAAAAUGGAGGUCGGUCAAUGAGUAAAGACGGGAAGAGGGACAACCAUAAGUCUCUUUCUCCAAUGAAACAUGCAGCCAUUGGAAAAGAGGAUGCUGCUUCACGGGUAUCUGGCACGGAGCCGGCCCCCACCACACCUUAAACUUAGGGUAAUUGAAUAAAAGUUGAACAUUGUAGGAUUUGUUGUUAUUACAACCGGUGUUAGCGAUCUUUAAACGAGUGAACAUGGUUAAUGGUUUAGCUUAUUUCUUGUUAUCGGCGGCUGUUAAUUAAUUACCUUAUCUAACAGAUGUUUUUUGUUGGCUUUUCCCGAAACUUAUAUGCCACGUGCUUGGUUAAUCAUACUUUGCUUUGUUA